CGUCGGGCGUACAGGCGGGGUGAUAAAAACAAGUACCUAAAAAUCGCACUAAAAAUUGUCCCUAAAAGCUUAAUCAUUAAGUAAGUAAUUUGAAGAAAGGCAGUUUAAUUUUUUUAUUAGGAAGAGUGGACGUACAAAUAAAGUUGACCCAGGACGCAAAAAGUGUAAAUACCGACGCCGCUGCUUAUAGGCAUUUAUACUUUACACACGAAUAGAUGCACUUUUCUGCAUACCUAGAAAGCUACGUUUAAUUCCACUACAAGCUAUUAUCGUAGUUCGUGGUUACAAGAUAUGACGACAUGGCCACUGAGUACCUGGGUACUUAAAACCCGAUGAAGAACAUUACCUAUAGGUAUAGUAAUUUGUUAUAGUUGGUACAUAGGUAUUAUUAUAUUUAAAUAAUCAAUGAGUACCUAAUUAAUUGAACUUUGUACAGGAGCUAAACCGAUAAAAAAUUAAAUACAAUACGCAAUUUCAAAAUAAUAAUGUUGAUAUUUCAUGAUAGGAAAAUUAAGUAUAUUAAUAUAUUAUUAUUUUUAUUAUUAUUACUAAAUAGGUACCUAUUUUAUAUUUUAAAUUAAUAGUUAAUACUUAUUGUAUUUCAGAUUAUUAUUGGUGAGCAAUGAUGUAAUAUUUUAACAUUUUUCGAGUAUAUUCAUUAUUAAAGGUGUUCAAAUUAUCUAUUGAAUUGUAUUUAAUUGCAUAGAUAGGUACCCCUACCCACAUCAUAUUAAUUGUUUAAAUUUCAAGUAUUUGUUAAACGUUGUGAAAGAUAUUCAACAAUAUUAUUCAACAGUUCGAUAACAUUAAGUCACCUACGCAGAUAAAAUUAUCAUUUCCGUUUAUAUCAAGUACCUACCAAAGGAAAAAAAAAUAUAUAAUAAAAAUAAUAUUACCUAUGUUCUAGAGUUUUUGUUGGACGUAAAUGUAGACUAUAUUGAUUCUUUUAAGUUUUAACGCUCAUGAGGCAAGUAAUUCAAUUAAUUCUGUCUCUAAUUAAUAGUAUGUAUUUACCUACCUAUUUUAUUUUAUAUGUAUGUUUCUGUUGUAUAACAUAUAGAAUUAUUUAGUUUACAGAUUUAUUUUCUAAUUAUAUUAUGGACUCGUUAUUAAAUAAAAAAAUAUUCCUUUUGGAUGGUAGUUUUAUUAGUGGAGUUAGACCAUAUGUCAUAGAUAUGGACAGCAUUAUGAAACAUCCACUUUGGGGAUCAAAUUUACUUUUUGAUAAUCCAGAAGCUGUUAUUAAUGGCCAUAAAGACUAUAUCAGAGGUUAUUAUAUUUAUAUACAAAUAAUCGCUAUGAAUAAAAAGUUGUAUUUUAUUUAAUAUUAUAUUUCCAGCUGGAGUAGAUUUUCUAACCACCAACACAUAUCAAGCAAGUAUUGAAGGCUUCCAAAAAUAUUUGAACUUAAAUUAUGAACAAAGUUUUGAAUUGAUUAAAAAAUCUGUUUCAAUUUGUCGACAAGCGAUAUCAGAAGAAAAUUGUGGUGAAUAUAAACAUUUAAUACACCUAACUUAUUAGGUAAAUACUAUUUCGUAGGUAAAUGUUAGAUUUAUAAUGUAAAUGUAAAUUAAUUUACAGGACGGAAAAUUCAAAUACUGGGAUCUGUUGGUCCUUAUGGUGCUUCAUUAUGUGAUGGUUCUGAAUACAAUGGAAAUUAUAUUGAUAAUAUAAAUGUUAAAAAAUUAUCUGAUUGGCACAGACCUAGAAUCCAAGCAUUGAUUGAGGCUGGGGUUGAUCUUUUACUCUUUGAAACCAUUCCUUCUGUUGAUGAGGCUAAUAUCUUGUUAAAUAUACUUACUGAGUUUCCAAGUCAUAAAGCAUGUUUAUCAUUUUCAUUUAAGGUAAUUAUUCUUUAUUUCAAACUGAUACAGCUUGGUAUUAAAAUGUAUUUGCUGUAUUCAUAUUAUAUUGCCAAUGUUAUUACAUUUAUUGUCUUUUAUAGGAUAGCAAUCACCUAAGUCACGGAGAAACAUUUGCAAGUGCUGUUGAAAGGUUAUGGGUAAAUACAUUUCAAGAACAGUUGAUUGCCAUUGGUAUGAACUGUUUGCAUCCAAAAUUAAUAACACCACUUUUAAUGUCUAUAAAAACUGAAAAUGUUAAUUUCAUUGUUUACCCAAAUGGAGGAGGUAUUUGGGAUGCUGUCAAAAAGUGGUAAUAAGUAUUUUAUUUAGUUUUUAUAUUUUGAGAAUUUAAAUAUCUUGUUUUUUGUUUUUGUUUUAGUUGGGAUAACACUCAAAAAUACACAAUUUCUAUUGAUGAUCUUAGCAUAUGGAGUAAAAAAGGACUUAAAAUAUUUGGAGGCUGUUGUAAUACUGAUGCUACUGAAAUAGCAAAUUUUAGAAAUUUAAUAAACGCUUUAAAUUAAUUUGAAAUCAAUAAUUCAAUAUUAUGGAAUGUAAUAACACCAUAUAUCAUUGUUCUAUAAAUAAUUAUUUUUCUGUACAAUAAUAUUUUAUUUCAAUAAUAUUUUAUUUUUUAUUUAUUAUUAUGUGUGUA